GUGCAGAGUGGGUGGUUCUGGGGCAGAGGUUUCGUUUUCGGUUCAGGCUGUGUUGUCUGUUGUUACCGCAACGUUUUUCGAGAUUUGACAACAUGUCUACCAGCUGUACAGUCUGUGUCCGUGGAUACCCCGCUGACCUGCCACCGGAGCGAGUGGCUGACAAGCUGACAAUCCAUUUCCUGAGAGCACGCAAUGGUGGUGGUGAAAUUGUCAACAUUGAAUUUGCACCAGAGACCCCAGACUGUGCCAUUAUUACUUUUGAAGAUGCAUCAGUGGCUCAGCGAGUACUGAAAGCCAAAAGGCAUGUCCUGUCUGUAAGUGGGGAAAACUAUCCUUUGGAAGUGACUGCGUACCCCACUGAAUUGAAUCCCAAUGAGGUCUUUGUCCGUGUCCACAUGAAGAUUGAUUAUGGAUGCGUCCCCAAGGGCAAGGAUGUCUUGUGCAGUCUGUUCAAGCAGUACAAAGGCAUCCACUUCAACUUUAAUCCCCAGGAGAUGACUUGUUCUGUCAAAGGGUCCUUCACAGAGCUUCAGGCUUUCAGCUCAGAGCUGCUCAGAUCCCUCAGGAGCAAGCAGAGAGGAACCGUCUCUCAAGAAAACAGCGGGAGAUCUGCAGGCAAGGCUCCAGGAGAUGGGGCCUCCCCCCAUGAGGUGGCACAAGAUGAGAAGAAGGAGACUGUUGGGGGGCCAUUAUCCAUCCAGAACUCUGUGGAGAGUCUCGUAGAACCACCAGAGGACUUCUUGUUGGUAAUAGAUUCUGACAUUUACCUUUACAUGCAAAGGUUCUGCGAUAAGGAACUCAGCAACAUUUUGCACCAUAACCAGGUGAGCGUGGUGGAUGUAAAUAGUGAUGGUGUCACCACCCUCUAUCUGCAGGCAGCAUCGGAUGGGGCUGGGGGAAUGAGUGCUCUUCUGUCCGCUCACCUGGCCAUUUCUCAGCUUUCUCAGCAGCUGGAGGCCACUUUGCGGAAAGAGAAGAUCAGCAAAAAAGAUUUGGGAGCCCAUGGCGAGAGGGCCCUACCAGGGGAACUCCAGAGCCUCUGUCCACUGCUCUUGUGCCAUGAGGACCAUGAGAAUUUUUAUUUUGUUGGGAAUUUGAUGGACAUUUUACAAGCCAAACAACAUGCUGAAAAAAUUAUUGCCACAAGAGGAGUAUCUCAAGACUGUCAAAAAGAUGAUCCCUCCCAACCGUCCCACUUGCCAGUGAUCCACAGGCAGAGUGCUGUGCCAGGCCAACUCAAAUCCUCUGAAGAAUCUGGAUUGAGAAACCUGAAUUCACCCAAGCCCAAUGGCAAAACUGAACACAAACUGGCUGCCAAAUUUAGCUCGAAGCCUUCCCUUCCAUCCAUGUCAAGCCUGGGUACUCCACUGGUACGAAAGUUCUCUGGGAGUUUGCCUGCUGACAGCCAACCUCCAGACAGCGAAGUGCAGUUUUCAGGAGUGGCUGCCACUGCUAUCGAACCUGAGAGCCUGAUGAGGGAGGCCAUGCAGUUCCAGAAAGCACCACAAGGGCCAAAAACAGAUCCACCACAGGCCACGCUAGGAGGUGCUGUGUCAAGGUUUGAGGGCUUCACAAACUCUGGUUUCAAGAAGUCUUUGUCUCUCCAUGUUGACUCCAGUGUCUUCAGAUCCUUGGACCUCUUUGACACCACAGGGGCUGCAGACAGCCAAAAAUCAAAACCAAGGCUCCUCCUCAGACGUUCCCAUAGUCUUUCGUGGCAGAAGCCCCUGGACAGCACUGAGUCCGUGGCUGAACUACAGCAGCUAGCUGCCAAGGACAGUGUGAACCAUUUGCAGAAGGAAGCUCAAGAGGAGCUCCAUACUCUGCAGAAAGAGGUCAGCCAGGAAAGAAUGACCCAGAAGGAGAAAGCUUGUGAAGUAGAAUCUCAGAGUGCUGAACAAAGACAUGCUAACUCCAUUUUGCUUGCAGUCCAGAGAGGUGAUGGCAGACUUUCAGGCACACAAGGAGCGGAGAACCUUACAAAGGACCUUAAUUACGUCUUUGACAGCUUCAGCUACUCUGAGCUAGGCUUGGAGGGACCUGAAGAUGAGGUUCUGACUGAUCUGUGUAACUACCUGAAAGGUUGUCUGACCGAAGUUCUCAUCCGUCGAGACAGGUACAAGCUCAGCCUUGCCUACCCUUAUGAAGCAAAGGUGCAGAUUCUGGAAGCAUUUAAUUUCUUCUUUAAUCAGAGGAAGGCUUCCCUUUCUGAGCAACUCCUUCGCUCUGAGGUGCAGCAAGGGAAAACUGUGGAUGAGAUGUUGAGCACAGAGAGCCAGAGGAGCCUCCAGCAGCUGACGGAAAACAGCAAAACCAGCUGGUCAAAGAGCCCAUCCAUCCCAAGCAGCUUAGAUGAACAGAAAUUGUCCUCCCAGAUUCAGCAGUUGCUGAGUGACAAUGUUGCCCAGACUCUGUUGGUGCAGGAUUUUGCAAGUGACAGAGAAGCAGGACAAAGCAAGAGUCUCAGUCACAUCCCUGAUGCCAACAAGCAAGGCCUGCCUAGAAAACCUGUUGCUGAAGUCAGACAAAGGUUGCUGGAGAAAAUCCAUUUUGAGCAAGACUACAGCAAGGAGGAAUGCAGCCAAGAGGCAGAACGGGCCCAGUGGUCCCUGCCUAUUCUGCCACCAGGUGUUGACUCAGUACCACUGUGGGUGCCAGGCAAGCGCUCUCCCCCACCUGGAGAAGCUAUUGCCUCAGACACAGCUCUACAAACUGCCAGCCCAGGAAGGGAGUCCCUGGCUGGAGAGUGUGAGGUUUGCCAAAGUACCCCUGCCAUCCUCUCCUGCCACCACACUCUUUGCAAGACAUGCUUGUUGGCAGGAAAAAUCUCCUCCCCUAACGCCCGUGCUUCUGCUGUGAUCUCCGGAACUUUUACAGUUGCAACCUUGUCACAGAGCCUCCCUGGUUAUUACCGAGACCCAACACUCAAACUGAUAUAUGACAUUCCUGAUGGGGUGCAACGAAUGGGACAUCCUUGCCCAGGACAUUUGUACAGAGGAGGCCGUUUUGAAGCCUACCUUCCUGACAACCCAGAGGGACGGCGGCUGAUGGUGCUUCUGCACAAGGCAUUUGAACGUGGCCUGACAUUCCAGAUUCAAUCCUGCAACUCAGAGGAGAGGGUGACUUGGGGAGCUCUCCCCCAUAAGACCUCCAUGGAGGGGGGCAAAGCUAGAAAUGGGUACCCAGAUGCUCAGUAUCUCAAGAACAUCAGCUUGAAACUAAAAGACCUGGGUGUCGAAUGAAAGAAGAUUUCCCUCCCUCUUUCCCUUAAGAAUUUUGAAAAACCAGCUGCCUUCUGCACCUCCAAAGCCAGUCAUCAUCCUCAUCUCUGUUUCACUCCACAGGAGUUGGAAGAAUCUUCCAUUCGUCUGGGAUGAAAGACAUUGAGUUCAUGGGCCAUCACACCUCAGUCUAACUGUUAGCACAUAUUUUCCUCCUUCCACAGUUGUAUCUCCCUAUAUUAUUGUUUCUUCCUUCCCCUAUACAAGCAGCUCUUUUCUGAGGGAUGGAGAACUUCAGUGAGGCUGGGGAGGGGGGGUGAGACUAGUCAUCUACAUUUGCUUUUCUUCUUCUUUUAAUUUUUCUUUUGCACAUGAACU